AGGAAACAAGAAAACAUCGCCACAGCGAGCGACGGACCGUCACUACAUUGGGGGAAACUUCACCAACAGUUUUGGACUUCAUCGAAGGCAGGGGACGGUAGAGACAUAGUAAUAAUCUAGGGAAGAAAAGGUGCAAGCUUUGAUUGAGAAGGGACCUCAGGGAAGUGAAGAAUUUGAAGGAGAAAGGAAAAAAUCAAAUCAAAAUCAAAUAAAAUCCGAUCAAAUCAGAUCUAACUGAGCCUCAGAAUGUGGAAGAUUUUGGAAACUUGCUCAUGCUUCCUGGUGGUUGCUGUGCUGUCAGGUCUGGGAAAAGCACAGCCGGAAAGUUUCUCCGGAAGCGCGGUCACCGACGACAGUACUUCCGGUGCCAACAAGCGCGGUUGGAGCAUGCUACGGUUAGGCCGGGGGCUACAGAUGCUGCGGCUGGGGAAACGGGGAGGGAGUCUUGACGCGCUCAGGUCAGGCCACCAGGUGCCCAUGUUGCGGGCGGGUCGAGGGUCACCGGACACUUCCGGUCGUCUGGACGCCAAUGAGCUGUACGCGGUGCUGUCCGCCAUCUUGGACGAGCCACGUGACCAGAGCAGACGUCAGCCGCCUCUCCCGCGGUACGGUCGGGACAACAACGGCGUUGCCAGAGACCUCCUAGACGCCCUAGCGUCGGACGGCGAAUCCAGCUCCAACUUUGACCUACUUUCUUCCCUCAACAAUGGCCCCUCCUACUUCCGGCCCGCCCCUCGAGGGGGUCGCUACAAGAGGUCACUUCCGGACGCAGGCCCCGCUGACUACCCCAGCCUCGAGGACUAUCUGGUCCAGAGCAGGCAGUUUGCUCGUCCUUACAGCAGCAGGGCUGUAGCGUUGCCCAGAAUUGGCCGCUUCUCAGGGUCGCCCCGUCUUCAAGCAAAAGCUGUACCUCGCCCCAGAAUUGGUCGGCAAGAAAGCCAAAUGAGAGAAGCCAAAUCCGUUGAAUAAUCUUCGUAAUAAUAAUAUUGUAAUAUCAUUCUGGUCACUUGAUCUUUGCAUCAUUUCUUAGAGAAAAAACCCCACACUCACUCUUCCAACCCUAAUGAAAAUAAACAAAGGUAGCAUCAAAUAUUAUUCCUGAAAGCACGACGGAGCCGGAUUAUUAUGUUUCCAAGGUUAAGAAUUUGUAAGAGUGUUGAUUAUAAUAAGCAUUAUGAUAGUGUGAUUACUUUCAUUCGAAUUACUGCGUACCGGAUUUUUGUUUUAUGCAGAUGGGAGUUAUUUUAUUUAAUUGGGUCCGUGGGGGAGGGGGCGGUUUUUUUUUUUCUUCAAUGCCAUGAUUGGCUUGUGGCUCCAGAAAAUAGAUCAGAAAAAAAAUCAGAAUAACCUUCAUUAAAGUAGGCCGAACAUGAGAUGAAUAAUUACUCAUAAUGUAUCAAAACAGCAGGCCAAGACUCACAGAUUGUACGACAGAUUGUACGACAGAUUGUAUAGAUUGUCAAACGGAAACUCGGCCCAGUGGAUGGUAUUCCAGCUGAUUAGUUUUGAUGAGAUAUAAAACUGCUAUAGCCUGAGACUACAGAUGAAAUAGCAAGUUUUCGUGACCGCUUGAAAGUUGUCAAUGACCUCACGAGAUUGCACGUAGUGUCCUAUGUCGUUUUCUUUGACAUACAAAACAUAAACAAACAAGCAACAACAACCACAACAUUCGACCGUGGCAUCUCUUUGGAGAGGAUUCAGGGAGGUUGGACUGCCUCACCUGCUAUCCAAGAGAGGCGGUGGCCCUAGCGAAGAGCACGCUCUUCGGGACUCCAAACAUUUCGAACGGAUAGGCUACUACACACAAAACAACAACAACAACGACAACAACAACAACAGCAACACCGUUUUAGAAGGACCGGGGGGGGGGGAACAGGAGGAGACAUACCAGUACACAGUUUCACAGGCAAGAACUCUAUAUAUAGGUAUUCCAAAUUACAUACCUCAUCGUAGAAAUAUAAUGGUCAUUGUUAUAUUUCACAAGAUCUUCCUACUGUGCGAGAGUCUAUCGAUCUUCACUGACCUUUAUCAUCAUCCGGAAAUAAAAUCUUGUUAACA